GAGAAGAGCAUAUAAAAGUGUAAAUUUUUUUAUAACCGAUUUUAUUGUUGAAUUAAGAGCCAUUGGAGGUGAAGCUUAGAAUAAUAAUUAUUUUACUCAAGUUUUAUUUAGUUUAGAAUAUGUUUGAGAUCGUUAAUUUAGUUUUCUUCGGAUAUUUAGUCAUUGUUGGUUCGUACAAAAUAGUUGAGGGUAAGUCACUUGCACCCGAAAGUAAUGGAGAGAAAAAUAUUUCGGAAAUUUGCACAACCAGUGAAUGUCAUAGUUUAUCCAGCAUAUUAAGAGAAGGAAUGAAUGAUACAGUAAAUCCUUGCGAAGACUUUUAUUCCUAUGUUUGUGGUUCUUGGCCAACUAAGUAUCCGGUUCCUGAAGAUAAAUUUAAGUUGGAUGUGAAUUCAAUGAUGGGAGAAGACAUAAAUUUAAUUCUAAAAAAAAUUUUGGAAAAACCAUCGAGUCCCGAGGACAGUGUUCCAUUAACAUUAGAGAAAAAAUGGUUCAAAUCUUGCAUGGACGAAGUAAGAAUUGACGAAAAGGGUUUGGAACCAUUGACGAAUAUUUUAGAAGAAAUAGGAGGUUGGCCAAUGGCAAUGAAUAAAAGUGCAUGGGAAAAUAAGAAAAUAACUUGGCAAGAUGUUGCUCAAUAUUAUGCUGAAAUUAUCGGUGGAUACAGUUUGUUUGAUAUCAGCAUUCAACCUGAUUUAGAUAAUUCCACUCGUCAAAUAAUUGUGAUUGAUGAACCCGAGGACUCGUUGAUUAUUAAAAGAAUGUUUGAUAACAAAGCGAAUAGUUUUUCUUAUGAAAAAAUUAUUUCAUUCAAUUCUAAUUCCGAUAAUGCUAAUAUUGAUCGCAAUGGUCCAGUUUUUAAAUAUAUGAGACUUCUAAUUAAUGUUGCUAGAAAUUAUUCAAAAUCGAUAUUAGGAGGAACGAAAGAAAAUAUCGUAGACGAUGCCUUCAAUUUAAUAACGUUUCAACAAUCAUUGAAAGCGAUUCAAACUACUCCGGAUAUAAAAGUCCAUAUGGACUUAGUAAACAGUAAAAUGCGGAUUAAGGAUUUCCAGCUAUAUACUGAUCGAAAAAAUUAUACAAAACAGAGAGCAAAGAUCGAUUGGCUCCAAAUGAUACGAGCCUUAUUCGUCAAUACUAAUAUAGUUAUUCGUGCAUCAAAAAAAGUGGCUUUAUUUGAUACAAUGUAUAUUGAUAGCUUAAUUGAACUUUUAAAUCGUACACCUGAAAGGACGAUUGUGAAUUACAUUCAUUGGACUUUUAUAAUUGAUGUCCUUAAAUAUUUAGACAAAACGACAAGAGAUUGGUUAACGGAUAUGACAAACAGUGCUAUGGGUAUCAUCAAAGAAUCAGAAAGGUGGGAAGUUUGUCUGAAUGAUAUGCCUUUGAAGGAUGGGAUGACUAUCGAAUAUAUCAAGAAUCACUUCUCUAAUGUGACAGAAAAAACUGCAAAAGAUAUGGCUGAAGAAAUCCGUAAAGAAAUUGAUAAAGAUAUUUCGAGGUCCACUUGGAUGAAUAGUGAAACAAAAAUGUUAACAAGGAAUAAACUUAACUCAAUGAAUGUUCAAAUUGGUUAUCCAGAAUGGUAUUUGUCGUCGAGUAAUUUUAGCCAACACUAUGAUGGGUUGCAAGUUGGUCCAGAUUAUUUUGAAAAUGCAAUGAAUUAUUUUAAAUUCAUAUCACGAAAUUAUACAAAGGAUUUUAGAAAACCAUAUGACAAAAAACGAUGGCUUAUGUCACCAAUUAUGGCAAAUGCUUAUUAUUUAUCUUCAACCAAUACUAUAGCGGCGCAGCUUUCAACUCCCAUGUUCAGUGAAGAGUUACCACUUGCUUUAAAUUAUGGAUCUGUGGGUUUUAUUAUUGGUCAUGAAAUGUCUCAUGGAUUUGAUGGCAGUGGACGAAAGUAUAAUAUAAAUGGUAAUCGCAUUCCUUGGUGGUCAGACGAAAUGAUUUAUAAAUAUACGAAGAAGGCUGAAUGUUUUGAGACUCAAUUUUACAAUUAUAAGGUAAACGGAAAGCAAACUCGAGAUGAAAAUAUUGCUGAUACUUUGGGAUUGAUGGCAGCGUAUGGAGCUUACAAGGAGAAAAUGACAAAAGACAACAUUAAAUAUCAAAGUUUACCUGGAUUUGAAAAUUUUGAUUCAAAUAAAAUGUUUUUUGUCUCUUAUGGUUUUGCCUCUUGUCUUAGUGCAACACCACAAUUUUUAAAGAAGUUGAAGACUGACGAACACUCAAAACCUUCGAUUAGAAUUAAUGGAGCACUGGCAAAUGUCGAUGGAUUUAGUGAAGCAUUUAAUUGUCCUAAAGAAGAAAACAAGUGUAGAUUAUGGAGUUGA